AUGACCCGGACUAUCAGCCGGGAUAGGCCGUAUUCUCCGGCUAGAUACCUCACUACGGUUCGAUGGGUUCACGACUCGGUGGUGGCCGAGCUGAUGAGUGAGAAUCAGGGACCACCGGUGUCGACUCUGAGUGGCAGUGAUAGAACGCUGGCUGCACUGCAGCUGGGUAGGAGGGCGGCGUUGGAGUCUAGGAGGUAUGUGGUGAACUGUUUGGUGCAUGCUAAGCCGCAGAAGGUUCUCUCUCAUCAAGCUGAUGAUACCUUGCCUUGGGCGAUACAGCGUUUGGAGACCUUCGACCAGUACUGUGAUGAUGAGUGCACCAAGGAGGCGAGAGAAGCUGAUAUUAGGAAGCUGGAAAGCUUACAGCACAAACCUCGGGGUGGGAGCAAUAACAGUGCAUUGGAGGUUGACCCUCAGUCUCCAUCGGGGCAAGUCGCGAAUCUUUAUUAUCAGCUGACUGAGGCUACAGAGAAUGGAAAAGUAGUGGCGAAGGUGCCGGAGUGGGCGAGGAAGAUGAUACGAAGUAAGGUUACGGUUGACAGUGUGGAGCUGGCGGCCUUUGAGCUGAUGUGUCUGUGCAUGAUGGAGAAACUCAGCGAAAGUGGUAGUUCGGGCAGCGAGGAUUCGGAGUCGGACUCUGAUGAAGUGGGGACGAUACCGAAGGCGAUUGAGGAUAGAAUAUGGUUUUUACUCGAGAGGAAAUGCGGACAGCUGAGCUCUCGACAGGGUCAACUGUGGGAAAGGGUGCACUUGGCGUCGUUAGCGGCUUGUGCGAUUGCUCUGUGUGUGAGGUGUUUUAUGUCGAAUUCGAGUGAGGCAUCUGAGGGUGAUACUAGGGAAGUUAUCUCCCCGGUGAUUGCCAAGCCGCCUCCUGAGCGCGUUUUACUGUAUGGCGGUAGAGCCGUGGUAGCGGAGGAUGAAAUGGUUGAGGUUGCACGAGUUGCUGAUGGAGCGGUAGUGAGAGAGUCGGUGAGGAGGAGGAUUCUAGAGGAGCCGUAUGAGCAUUUGUUACUCCUGGAAGAUCUCGAAUACGCCUUGCACGGUGAUAAAGUUUCAAGUGAAGGCCAGCCGGACCAACUCAGUGUGGCGGCGGCGAAAGCAGCGGCGGCGGUGGCGUCUCCACAGAAUUUGCCGGGGUGGCCGGGGAUUGCUGACGAAGGGGGCGAGGGGAAGUUGUUGAGUCCAGCGAAUUUGAGCAUAGAAUCUGAGGGGAAGUAUUGUGAUUUUAUCCUAGUGCAUGGGGCGUCGGCUUUGGUGAGCGAGAAUACGAUUAAGGAAGUUCUUGAGGAGCUCCCACCAGUUCAAGAGGCGACUCUGGGGUACUUCCUGCAGGGGCGCGGGAUCAUCCCGGAUGAGCCUUUGGACGAGAGCAUGCUGCAGACUUUGAUAGACGAGGCAGAGUCUGAUGGGAGUGCUGGAGAGGCGCAAAGGCUUGGGCAGGAUUUCAAGAUGACUCUGAGUGAAUCGUAUCGUGCUUGUGGAGUAUGUGGUAGCGACUGCGAGGGGUCAUCUUUCAAGUGUGUUGAUUGCGGUGUAUGUCUGCAUGAGGCCUGCCGAACUCUCCUGGGCUGGAACAACAGGAAUACUGAUAAGGGGCACUGUCUGGCAUGCUCUCAAGAGGCUUCUAAUCGACCUAAGUGUUCCCUCUGUCCGUGUGAUGCUGCUAGAAGGAGCGUAUUGGUGCCUAUGAUGGAGGGAUCGGGUUCGGCGGAGCGAUGGUGUCAUUUAUUGUGUGGAUUGUCAAUCAGUGGAGUGUCGAUGACGAAGGAUUCCCAGGGCUACCUUCGAGUGAUCUUAUCGGGUCCGUCCAUCAGGCGUGGUUAUCAUAGUCGUCUCACAGCUGAGGAACAAAUCGAUGCCUCUCGGAUCAAAUGCCAGGUCGAUGUUGAUGCUAGUAGAGAUCAGACCACAACGGUCGGAGAUACUGGAGAAGUAUCGGCUCCUGCUGAGCUUUCUCAAGUUGAGAAUGUCCCCAAUAAUAUCGAUAAAGGGUCUCUGGGGUUAGACGACAUAGCACUGGUGCAGUGCGAUCACUGCCAUCGACGGAGGUUCGUCAACAACGCAACUGCGCAGUGGGUUGCUCACUUGAGUGACUUCUCUUGUUCUAUGCUCGAAGGUUCACAGUGCACUGCGGAUGACGACUGGCCUCUUGCUCUCUCUCCGUCAACAGCACCAUCACGUACGGCUGAAGCGGCUAGGCCUUCAGUUAGAGCGGCUGGGCAGAAACGGAAUAGAUCGAAGUCGAGAGAGGCUCAACUCGAUGUGGAGACUCCCAUCCUAUCUGCGUCAUCUGUUGCCAACAAGAAGAGGAAGACGACGCCACGGAGUAGGCCGAAGGUGGUCAGUCAUGCUGAAAAUGUCGAGGCUCGAGAUGCGGCUGAGAUUGCUGGGAUUGGGGAGGCGAAUGAGACAGUGAAGAGCGAGAUCCCGGUGAGGGCCGAUCCUUUCAUCAACUGUCUUCGCAUGCAGCCUCAGGCCCCGAAAGAGACGACUAAUGAGAUAGAGAAGGACAAACAACCGCGUAGACGGAAUCGGAGAUCUGUGGAGGCCGGAACGCAAGCCUUGUUCUUAUCACUGCUCACUCCCAUUAUACAGCACUCAGCCAGCGUACUACUGUUAGCACAAGAUGCUCCACCGAAGAGCCACAAGGAGGUCUUAGCGAUACCAGACUCGUGUUUCGAGGAGGAAGUAGCAGUGACAGAUCUUCUCGAGUUAUUGAGGAAGAGCGACAUUAGUAGCCUCAGAUUCGUGAAGUUCCCUGCUGGGGACUGCCGUUUCGUCAGAGUAUUCAACCAAGACCACAUGGAGUCCUUCGUUGACAUUCUGGCAAAGUUCCACAAUAUCACUCACGUUGACUUUGGAGGCAUCGCUACGACAGCCGCGGGCUCAGAGCUUCAAACUUGGUCAGUAUUGAUUUGA